CGUUCUUGCCUACCGGUGGCCAUGGCCCUGGAGACGGUCCCGAAGGACCUGCGGCAUCUGCGGGCCUGUUUGCUGUGUUCGCUCGUCAAGACUAUAGAUCAGUUUGAAUAUGACGACUGCGACAAUUGUGAUACCUAUCUACAGAUGAAGGGCAACCGGGAAAUGGUGUAUGACUGCACCAGCUCUUCCUUUGAUGGUAUCAUCGCGAUGAUGAGUCCAGAGGGCAGCUGGGUCUCCAAGUGGCAGCGAGUCAGUAACUUUAAGCCAGGUGUGUAUGCUGUGUCAGUCACUGGUCGCCUGCCCCAAGGAAUUGUGUAGGAGCUAAAGAGUCGAGGAGUGGCCUACAAAUCCAGAGACACCGCUAUAAAGACUUAGCAACAUGCAGGAUCACCCACCUCCUGCCUCUGCGCUUUUCCUUGUGGAGCACACUUACAGAGCUUCCGUUCCUCCUGGGACUCAGCCAAGGGGCCGU